UCCGGCCUCUCGCCGCGACUCCAACAAGCUGUAAGUACACGUACUGACGAGCGAUUUGCCUAUUGUAUACUCACCCUCCAUCCCCCUCCAUCCCGACGCAAAUAAACGUCGCUCGCACGCACGCACGGCUCGCUCGUACGUUCGGCAUCUCUCUCCCUGUCACACACAUGCAAUCUCGGCGGCUUCGCUGCUGUUAUGAAUGUUACCAAAACGCAACAAUCUGUCGACCUUCGAUAUUUCUCACGCUGUGCGUUCUUUUCAAACCCGCCCGUUUCGCCACCAACACAAUACACGCCCAAGCGCUUGCCACGCUGCCUUUCCCUCUACUGCGACCUUUGAGGAGGGAUAGUGGGUAUUUCCGGAGCCAUUCCCGCUCGCCAGCCGCGAAAUGUCACGACUGCUGGCGGCUAUCUCUCCCCAUGUCGGGCGUAAAUCUUCCCUGUGCGUAGUUUUGCUGAUAUGCCAUUGCCUUGGUCUUAUAUUACCACCAAAUACACAUCAGUUUCUGAACUCUGCAUCCUGCCGUUGGAGAUCAUCAUCACGCUUUUCCUAAUUUUCCUGGGCCUCCUGCAUGGCUCUACACAUUGCAUUAGGUUUGCCUUUAUCGAGUACGAGGACUCGCGCGACGCCGAGGAUGCCUUUGAGCGCAUGCACGACCAGUACAUUGAUGGCGCCCGCAUCUCCGUGCAGUGGGCCAAGCGCCCGCCUGCCCGCUCGUGGCGCUACGAUGAGGAGGAGGAGCGUCGCCGUGGUGGAAGCAGCCGCCGCCGGUCGCGCUCGCGCUCGUUCUCCCGGUCCCGCAGCCCGUCGCGUCGCGACCGUCAGUCCCGCAGUCGCCGCUACUCGCGCAGCCCCGCGGAGCGCGACUACAGGCGCGAGCGCACGAGCGGCCGUGGUGGCCGCGACGAGGAGAGGCAGUACAGCACCAGCCGCCACCGCUCCAGAUCACCGGUUCGCUCCCGCUCUCCCGUGCGUUCCCGGUCCCCCAUGCGCCGCUCGUCGAGGUCUCCCGUGCGCUCCCGGUCGCCUGUGCGCUCUCGCUCGCCUGCGCGUUCUCGCUCGCCUGUGCGCUCCCGGUCGCCCGUGAAUGACCAGCGCAUGGAUGAGCCGGCGCACGAUGGCCGCGAUGAUGUCGAGCCGAAGCAGGACCACGACUCCUACGACGACAACGCCGCUGACCAGUCGCCGGCGCACAGCGACAACUAAAGCGGGAGUAGUUAUUUUUCAAUAUUUAGCAUCGUGUAAAAGCCUGCCUUCCC